GGCAGGAUGUCGGAUUUCGUGCGCGACAUGCGCAACCACAAGAUCGUGCCGGAUGUGGUGCCGGUGCCACCGGACAGCCUGCUGCACGUCGUGUACCCCGGUGGGUUGCGUGUUAACCUCGGCAACGUGCUCACACCGACCGAGGUGAAGCAAAUCCCGGACGUGAGCUGGCCAGACGCGGAACCGGACGCACUCUACACGCUGAUCAUGACGGAUCCGGACGCACCGAGCCGGACGGCACCCAAAUUCCGUGAAUGGCACCAUUGGCUGGUGGUGAACAUUCCCGGGCUUGAGCUGGCCCGUGGGGACACGCUGUCGGAUUACAUUGGAGCGGCACCACCGCGAAAAACUGGCCUCCAUCGGUACGUGUUCCUGCUGUACCGUCAGAACGAGCGCAUUUACUUCAAGGAAUCGCGGCUUUCGAACAGAAGCACCCAGGGUCGGGGCAAGUUUUCCACGCACCGGUUUUCGGAGAAGUACGAGCUGGGGUUGCCGGUGGCGGGCAACUUUUUCCAAGCGCAGUUCGACGACUACGUACCGAAGUUGUACCGUCAGCUGGGUCACUUUCAGAAUGCCUUCUGA